UGGACGGGUGUGGGUGAUGGAGGAGGAAGAAGGGUUGGGGGUGGUUGGCUAUGGUGGACGGGCGUGGGUGAUGGAGGAAGAAGAAGGGUUGGAGGUGGUCAGCUAUGGUGGACGGGUGUGGGUGAUGGAGGAAGAAGAAGGGUUGAAGGUGGUCGGCUAUGGUGGACGGGUGUGGGUGAUGGAGGAGGAAGAAGGGUUGAGGGUGGUUGGCUAUGGUGGACGGGUGUGGGUGAUGGAGGAGGAAGAAGGGUUGGGGGUGGUUGGCUAUGGUGGACGGGCGUGGGUGAUAGAGGAGGAAGAAGGGUUGAGGGUGGCCGGCUAUGGGGGACGGGUGUGGGUGAUGGAGGAGGAAAAGGGGUUGGAGGUGUUCGAGAUUAGAGGAGCGGUGGCGACAGCACAUGUCUGUAAGCACUUGCAACAAGAGGCACGGGGAUGUGAAUAUUUGGUUCUUUGGCUUGACUGUGAUCGGGAGGGGGAAAACAUCUGCUUUGAAGGAACAUUCCAGCACGCUAUGAAUCGGAUCUUCCAUGACCAUUUAGAUAAGUUUGUUGUGGUUUACCUUGACGACAUUCUGAUCUUUAGUAAGUCUGCCGAGGAGCAUGCACAACACAUUGAGACUGUACUUUCACUCCUGCGACAACACAAGUAUAAGGUCAACCUAGAGAAGUGUGAGUUUGGUCGCACUAAGAUAUUAUACUUGGGUCAUGGAGUAUCCGCGGAAGGGAUUAGGCCGGAAGAUGUGAAGGUGGCUAGUAUUCGAGACUGGCCACAACCUCAGACUGUCACUGAGGUCAGAUCUUUCUUAGGAAUGUGCGGCUACUAUAGGAACUUCGUAAAGAACUAUUCUACAGUCGCCUCUCCUUUGACAGAUCUAACUCGACUUGACACGCUGUGGGACUGGAGUGAUGAGUGCGAGGGUGCUUUCAAGCUAUUGAAGCAUGCACUCAUGAAUCAUGAAGUUCUUAUGGUUCCCGAUCCUCAGAAGCCGUUCAUAGUGACCACUGAUGCAAGCCAAUACGACAUUGGCUCAGUGCUGGCUCAGCAGGAUGGGAAGAAGUUGAGACCGAUUGAGUACAUGAGCAAAAAGAUGCCAUCCAAGAAAUUGGCAAAGUCUACCUACGAACGGGAACUCUAUGUUCUCUACAAGGCACUUGUCCAUUGGAGACACUUUCUGUUGGGACGGUUCUUCUACUUGAGAACUGACCAUCAGAUCCUCAAAUGGAUUAAGACUCAAUCGGCUCUUUCUGAUGCACUCAAGCGCUGGAUUGAGGUCAUAGAUCAAUAUGACUUCGAGCUGGAGUAUCUGAAGGGAGAGUACAACAAGGUUGCAAAUGCGCUAUCUCGUAGAGCAGACUACCUAGAGGCGCUAGUUUCUGAGUUUGGUGUAUCUCAGGAAGUAACUCAAUCGUUGGUGGGAGCCUAUCAGGAAGACCUUGUCAUGAUGGACAUCAUGCGCAAACUUCAGGCAAAAGACAAGGCCACAAAAAGUGAGUUUGUGAUGCUGGAUGGGUUACUCUUUCUUGAUAAGGACGGGUGUAAAAGGUUAGUAGUUCCAUCGAGUGAGAGUUUGCGUAGUUUAUUUCUAGGAGAAUGUCACGACGCAACUGGACACUUCGGCUACAAGAAAACGAGUGUUAAUCUAGUACAGCGAUUUUGGUGGCCUGGAAGGUUAGAUGACGCAAAGAAGUAUGUAGAGACUUGUCAGGUCUGUCAGCGGGACAAGCCGCGAACUCAAGCACCGCUUGGGUUGCUGAAGCCCUUACCUAUCCCCGCUGGUCCAGGACAGAGUGUCUCCAUGGAUUUCAUGGACACCCUGGUGACCAAUAAGAGUGGCAAGAGGCACAUUUUCGUCAUCAUCGAUCGAUUCACCAAGUACGCUCGACUAGUUGCCAUGCCAGAGACCGCCAGGACGGACCACGUCAUCAAGUUGUUUAUGGACAACUGGGCCUCUUCACAGGCCACUUCGUCAGGAGUUAGUCAGAGUGGUUCUCGGGUUUCCAUUAGCCAGAGUGCUGGCUUGCAAGUCAGCCAGCAGGAUCAACUCACGCUGGAAGAUUAUGAGAUCCUCCAAGCGGAAGAACUUCAGGAUGAGCUACAGCGGCAAUUGGAUGAGGCAGCCGAGAGAAGAAGAAGAGCAAUUAUGAGAAAAGUUAGACUAGGUAAUAGAUUGCAGGAGCUAAGCAGAUUAGAAGCAUUAGAUGAGUCAACACUUGAUCCUGCGCUGCGAGCGCUGCGUAACUCGCUCCUUCGUGUGGCGGAGACGCAGGUAGUUCAACAGGAGGUGUUGGUUGAACUAAUGGCAGACCAGAAACGAAUUAUGGCUGCACUACAGGCUCCUCGUCCAGUGAUGAGGCAGCCUCAGUUUGUUGUAGCUCCCCCUUCGGGUGCGGGUCCAUCAGUGACGUCAUCGCCUGUAGGGCCUUCAUUCUCACCUAUGUUUGGCAUGCCCCCUCCAGGUGGUUAUGUGGCGACUAGUGCGGACCGAAGAGAUCGGCUAUGUUUUCUUCGAACCAUCCCGGUAGCCGACUCUCCACCUACGGACUUGUCUUCAGACCCCCGGGUGGUGCGGUUGCUCGACGAAUUCGCCGACGCUUUCGAGUCACCUACCAGCGUGGUGUCGGCUUGGCCAAUCUCUCACGAGAUCAUUCUCGAGGUCGGUGUCGUGCUGCCAAAAGGUUGCAUUUACCGCAUGAGCGAGGAGGAACUUACAGUAUUCCGCGUGCAGCUCGACGACUUGUUGGACAAAGGCUGGAUCCGGCCUAGUAGCUCACCCUAUGGUGCACCGGUUCUCUUCGUUCGGAAGAAGAACAAGGAUCUUCGCUUAUGCAUCGAUUACCGCAAGCUCAAUGCGCAAACCGUCAAGAACGCGGGACCUCUUCCUCGUAUUGACGACCUUCUGGAGCGCUUGGGCGGCGCAAAAUUCUUUUCUAAGCUAGAUUUGAAGUCAGGAUAUCAUCAGAUCUCGAUUCAGCCGCAAGAUCGCUACAAGACCGCGUUUAAGACACGUAAGACUGUCGAGGAGCACGUUGCACAUUUGGACAAAGUCCUUAGUCUCCUGCGACAACACAAGUUCAAGAUCAACGGUGAGAAGUGUGAAUUUGGCCGCACCUGUGUCUUGUACUUGGGUCAUGAGAUCUCCGCGGACGGGUUGAAGCCCGAUGACGCGAAGGUGGCCAGCAUUCGCGAUUGGCCACGUCCUCAGUCUGUGACUGAGAUGAGAUCUUUCUUAGGAAUGACAGGCUAUUAUAGAACUUUCAUGAAGAACUAUAGCAUAGUUGCCUCUCCUUUGACUGAUCUAGCCCGCCUUGACACCCCAUGGGAGUGGACAGAUAAGUGCAAGGCUGCUUUCAGACAUUUGAAGCAUGCAUUAACGCAGUACGAAGUCUUGAAACUUCCUGAUCCUGACAAGCCAUUCAUAGUCACCACGGAUGCCAGCCAAUACGACAUUGGCGCCGUGCUCGCGCAGCAGGAGGGGCCAAAGUUGAGGCCAGUUGAGUACAUGUCUAAGAAAAUGCCGUCUCAGAAGUUGGCUAAGUCCACUUAUGAGAAGGAACUCUAUGCGGUGUACAAGGCUCUCACCCAUUGGAGACAUUAUCUCCUUGGGAGGUUCUUCAUCCUCAGGASUGAUCAUCAGACCCUGAAAUGGAUGAGAACCCAGYCGGUACUCUCUGACGCUCUCAAGCGUUGGAUCGAAGUCAUUGAGCAAUAUGACUUUGACCCUCAGUAUCUCAAAGGGGAGUAUAACAAGGUUGUUGACGCCCUGUCGCGCAGACCAGACUUCYCAGGUGCGCUGAUUACUGAGUUCAGUCUUACGGACAAUGUUACUCAAUCUUUGGUGGAAGCCUAUCGCGAGGACCAGUUUAUGUCUGAGAUCAUAUGCAGACUUGAGGCGAAGGACAAGAAGACGUCCGCCGAGUUUGAGUUGGUUAAUGGCUUGUUGUUCCUUGAGAAGGCAGGGAAUAAACGAUUGUGUGUUCCCAAUAGUGAGUCUUUGCGUAGUUUGUUUCUAGGUGAAAGUCGUGAUGCCACCGGUCAUUUCGGGUAUAAGAAGACCGCAGCCAACUUGCUGCAGCGAUUCUAGUGGCCCACGAUGAUGCGAGAUGCACAGCUGUACGUGGAGACUUGUCAAGUUUGUCAACGGGACAAGCCCCGUACUCAGACUCCUCUUGGGCUGCUUAAGCCCCUUCCGA